AUGUUCAAAAUUGCUGUUCUGAUUGCCUGCGCGCUAAUCCUAGUGGCGACUGAACACUACGAAGUGGAACAUGAAGAACACGAAGCCUACCCAAAGUACAAGUUCGAAUACGGUGUGAAGGAUCCCCACACCGGAGACCACAAGAGCCAGUGGGAACAUCGGGACGGAGAGGUUGUUGUCGGUUCGUACUCCUUAGAUGAUGCUGACGGUACUCAUCGCGUUGUGACGUACAACUCCGAUGACCAUAACGGAUUCCAAGCUCACGUGCAACGAGUUGGCCAUGGUCAGCAUCCGCACGGCGAGAGCUACGCGAACAUCGAACAGGAUCACUGA